AUGACAAAUUAUUUAUAUCAGAUUUAUGGAAGAGUUAAAGCAAGCAGAGGUAUCAAAAUAAAAUUAACAGCUCCAGUUCAACAAGAAGAUGAAGAGGAGAAUAAUAUACAAGUUGAUCCAUUACCACCUUACAGUCUAGAUAUUAGUAUAAUUAUAAAUAUUUGGUCAAUUGUUAAAGAAAGGGUAUCAAAAAAGAUGUUUAGUGACCCAUCACAAGACCAAGUUUGGGUAUGUCAAGAUGCAUUUCAUUCAAUUGUAACAUCAAUCAUAGAAUCAUUAUAUGGAUCACUCCCUGACCGAAUCGAUGCAAUAUAUAAAUCACGUGGAUGA